CUCUGUCACAAGUAUUCUUUAUAAGCUUGUCGAGGUUUGUUGGUGACAAUCUCAACAGAAAAAUUCACUUCGCACAUUUCCGCACGAAUUUCAGCGAUAAAACUCAGAAGGCCUUGCUCUUGGACCAUGGGCGUCCUCACGAUGGACUGUCAAGAUUAUGACAACCUCGGAUCGCGACCUCGAUGUAGAACGCGCAGAGUCAGAUCAUCAUCAAGAAAGCAGCGGUCUGGAAAGAGUCAGCAUGGCUCUAGGAGAAGGGAAUGCGACAAUGUGAAAACGUCUCUUGUCAAGUUUCGAGACACGAGCGUGCUUUUGAUGCCGAACGCAGGUGGGAGGCUUGGGUGCUUGUUAAAUCAAAUCAAUCAGCAACUGGAGCAGCGGAGUUACUUAUGGUCGUCUCUGUUGCUGUUUCCGACAAAGGAAGGCUUCCGAACGCUGCAUCAAAUACAAGCUCGCCGUCAUAAGGCGCUGCUCGCUCUGGCUUAUGACCUUGAUGAAAAGGAUAGAUCUCACAACAACCGGGUGAAUUCAACUGGUUCGUCUUCGAGCAAGAAAUCCUCAGAUGAAACUAUUGAUUUACAAUCAGAAUUUUUGCAGAUGUCCAUACAAGGUUAGCUUGUGUUUGCUCGGUUCCUAGACAGAUUCAUCAAUGAUUUAUGAGAUGCUCAAAGAUUUCAAGUAGCACGGGAGUUCAUUGCGUCCAACAGUUGUACAUACAAAGGACUACUAGGGGGUUGUCGAACCCAUAACAGAUACAAAAUGCCGCUCAGCAGUGCUGCUAAGUUGCAGAAAACUUGAGCGGCAUACAUUGUGUACAUCAGAACACGAGUCGACUUAAUGUAGUCAACAGUCUAUACUGGCAAAAUUCCAGUAUGAAAAUAUUCAAGAUGAUCAGCAUCUUUAGUUUAUUCUUCCCGGAAUGAUUGUCAUA